UCCCGGCCCUGAGCGGCGGGACGCGGGGCGGGCCUCCAAAGCGGGCUACACAGGGUCCCCUUGUGCGCUGGGGCCGCCGAUGUGAGCGCUAGUGGGCCCCGGAGUUGAGAUCGAGGAGGUGGAGAAGAAGCAAGGCCGCAUGACCUCCCCGGAGGUGACAAGCGGCUCGGAGGCCGUGCGAACACCGCCUGGGGCGGCGAUGGGGUGACCGUCUUGCGCGAUCGGCGCGAUGAGAGGGAGCCGGGGUAUUGCAAGGGGGCUUGGAGGCCAGAAGCUUCAAUCGGAACACCAUGGCCAGGCCGGCCGCCCCGGGCUCGGUGAUUGUCCCAGACUGGCACGAGAGCGCCCAGGGCAAGGAGUACCUGGCCUGCGUCCUGCGCAAGAGCCGCCGGCGGGUGUUUGGGCUGCUCGAGCGGCCGGUGUUUCCCCCGCCUGUGGCCAUCGACACUGCCAGCUACAAGAUCUUCGUGUCUGGGAAGAGUGGCGUGGGCAAGACAGCACUGGUGGCCAAGCUGGCUGGCCUGGAGGUGCCCGUGGUGCACCACGAGACCACUGGCAUCCAGACCACCGUGGUGUUUUGGCCCGCCAAGCUGCAGGCCAGCGACCGCGUCGUCAUGUUCCGCUUCGAGUUCUGGGACUGCGGGGAGUCUGCGCUCAAAAAGUUCGAGCACAUGCUGCCGGCUUGCAAGGAGAACGCAGACGCGUUCCUCUUCCUCUUCUCCUUCACUGACCGGGCCUCCUUUGAAGACCUCCCUGGACAGCUGGCACGAGUAGCCGGCGAGGCCCCUGGAGUGGUCAGGAUGGUCAUCGGCUCCAAAUUCGACCAGUACGUGCACACGGACGUGCCCGAGCGGGACCUCGCGGCCUUCCGGCAGGCCUGGCCGCUGCCCCUGCUGCGGGUGAAGAGCGUGCCGGGGCGGCGGCUGGCGGACGGACGCACGCUGGACGGCCGGGCCGGUCUGGCCGACGUCGCCCACGUGCUCAACGGCCUGGCGGAGCAGCUGUGGCACCAGGACCAGGUGGCAGCUGGCCUGCUCCCCGCCCCAGAGGCCUGCCCCAGCCCAGGGGUGAUGGGCUCGUGAGCGGGCACGCCCUACCCGCGGGGGACCCGGAGCAGGACCCGGGCCCCGGGCUGGGGCAGAAAUGCGGACCUUCCCCCAGGACGGGCCAGGGGGCCUGCCAGGGAGGGUGGAGGCCCGGGAUGGCCCUUUCUUCGUGGAGCUCAGCGCAGGGAGGCGGACACACGGCCCUUCAGGGCAGCGGUCUGAGGGCCCCUGGGCGCCCCCCGGCCUCCUCUCUCGCCCCGGGCGCCGGACUUCUGGAAACCGAGGCCCUGUACGGGCAGGGCGCGAGGGCGCAAGUGUCUCCUCCCGCCCCGCCUGCAGCGUCUCAGGGUGACGGGAGCGGGUGCCUCAGCUGGGCCCCGGAUCUCCAGCGCCUCCAGCCAGGAGCCGGGCUGGGGUGAGGUGACGCCGUCUGCGGUCCCAGAUAAGCCCUGCGCUCUCGGUGGCUUCGCUUCACAGAUGUUUCUCCUUCCCGUGUCUCACCUCCCGUGGAGGUGGAGGUGCGUGUGGGGCCCGCUCCGAACACGCAUUCAGAGACCCGGGCCUGAGAUCCUC